AUGAAGGUAUCAUCUGAUGGUACAGUUGAUUGCAUUGAUGCAGAACUUUUUAUGAGAUAUACUGGUGAUCUAUCCUCAAGACCUGAUGUUGUGAUUAUAUCAUAUAUUAUUUAUGCUAUUUUAUUUUUACUUGGUCUAUUAUGUAAUGGUUUAUUGAUAGGUUCAAUGGUAAUACGAAAAAGAAAAUCUGUAGCUAAUAUAUUUUUAAUUAACCUAGCUAUUGCUGAUAUAUUAUUAUGUUUUACAACUUUGGCUAUUACUCCUCUUGUAUCACAUAAAAAAGUUUGGUUACUUGGAGCAUUUAUUUGUAAAAUAAUAUCACCAUGUCAAAGUAUAUGUGUUUUGGUAACAAGUUAUAGUUUAUGUUUUAUAGCAUUAGAUCGUUAUAGAAGUAUUGUAACACCAAUGAAAGAACCUUAUAGUAUAUUUCAAGCACAAAUAUUUAUGAUUUUUAUGUGGCUUAGUUCAAUUAUCAUAUCAAUACCAUCAUUUGUAACAUCUGGUUUAAAGGUAAUAUCAAGCGAUGCAGCAACAUUAUGUGGAGAAUUUUGUGGUGAACUUUAUUGGCCAUCACCUCAGGUCCAAACGGGUUAUGGAGUUAUUUUGGUAUUUGUUCAAUUUGUCAUUCCUUCAGUUGUUAUGGGUUUUUGUUAUUGGCAUAUAUUACAAAAAGUUCGUGAAGACUGGAUAGUUAAUAAAGGAUCAAUGUUAACACAAGCUCAACAAGCACAAACAGCAAUUCGAAAAAAACGUGUUAUGUAUGUAUUAAUAAUGAUGGUAUUUGUUUUCUUAGGAUCCUGGGCACCAUUAACAUUAUGUAAUAUGGCUAGAGAUUUUGGAGUACAACUGACAGAAAGAUAUUUUAUUACAUUAUGUGCUAAUAUAAUAGCUAUGACGUCAAUAAUUACAAAUCCAAUGUUAUAUUUUUGGUUAAGUAAAAGACAUAGAAGAGCAUUAAAAGAUGAUAUGUUUUGGUUGACAAAUGUAAGAAGAAACCAACAAAAUAUUGGAAUAUUAGAUCAAUUUGAACCAAGUAGUUUAUUAUAUAAAAAAAGUUAUGAUCCUUUAACAAUAAGUUCAUUUCAUCAAAAUAAUCGUCGUGGAACAUUAGCUGAUCCAACUUGUGCCACAAGAGAUGACCAAUUAGAAGAUGUUAAAGCAGCAUGUUUUCUUCUAGUUCCAAUAAUGCCAUUUUGUAAAGAGAAACGUUUAAGUAAUGCAGGUAUAAGAAGAGGUAGUAAUAAUAGUAAUAAUCAUCAAUCUACAACUAGAAAUAUGUAUGGUAAUAAUUUAACUGUAAAAAAUGGAAGAACAGGAUGGUAA